AUGAGACCCUCUCAUCUAGGGCUCCUAGCCCGUCGAUCGUGGAUCUGCACGCGAUGCAGAGCAGCCAACUAUUCUUCUAUUGCGCCAGCCCGCGCUGGCAACAAGUCCAGGAAGAACCUCCCCGAUGCACCGGCCAGAACACGGUUCGCACCGUCGCCGACCGGAUACCUUCAUCUUGGAUCCUUGCGGACCGCAUUGUUCAACUACCUCUUGGCGAAGCGGACGGGGGGCCAGUUCCUACUGCGAAUCGAGGAUACAGAUCAGAAACGGACAAUACCCGGUGCGGAGCAACGCUUAUACGAGGAUUUACAAUGGGCUGGGUUACAAUGGGAUGAAGGUCCGCUGGUCGGAGGUCCAUACGGCCCAUACAGACAGUCCGAACGGACGGCCGUGUACCGCGAACAUGCCAACCAAUUGGUCAAAAACGGUCAUGCAUACCGAUGUUUUUGCUCUGCAGAACGGCUGGACUCGCUCGCAAGACAUCGCAGUCAGGCUGGACUACCUCCCGGUUACGACAGGCAGUGUGCAGACAUCCCCGCCGAAGAAUCAGAGGAUCGAGCCGCAAAGGGCGAAGCGCAUGUCGUGCGCUUGAAGGUCGAGGGCUAUCCCAUGUUCGAUGACCUGGUGUAUGGCAAGACCGGACAGAAUCGGUCGAAUAACAAGCUGGAUCUCAUUGAGCGAGUCUACGAUGACCCUAUUCUGCUCAAAUCUGACGGACACCCGACCUACCAUCUGGCAAAUGUGGUGGACGAUCAUUGCAUGAAGAUCACCCAUGUGAUCAGGGGAACCGAAUGGAUGCCCUCAACACCAAUGCAUGUCGCGCUGUAUAACGCCUUCAACUGGACACCUCCGCGCUUCGGCCAUGUUCCCCUCCUCGUAGACAAAUCCGGCCAGAAGUUAAGCAAACGAAACGCAGACAUUGAUCUCAGCUUCUUCAAGGAUAAGCAAGGCGUGUUCGCAGCCACACUUAUCAACUUCGCGGCUCUUCUGGGCUGGUCGCACACCCAAAAGUCCGAUGUCUUCAGCCUUGAGGAACUGGAGCAACUAUUCAACCUUAAAAUCACUCGCGGCAACACCGUCGUUGCCUUCGAAAAGCUCUGGUUCCUCCAAAAGGCCCACGCGCAGCGAUUCGCCGCCACCGGGGGCCCCGUCUUCGACGAGAUGGUCGCGAAGGUCUCGCAGGCCGUCGAAGAAACCUACCCAGCAGACCAACUGGCUAUUAUUCUCGAUUCUCGUCCACUGGCAGAAUACAUCCCCCCACUCCUCAAAGCCGACGCAAAAUCCUACACCAACGCUUCGGAAUUCGUCCAGCGCAACUCAACCUUCUUCACUACCACUCUCACACGACCACCCUACACGCCAACCCCAACCCAGGACGGCACCACCAUCCCCAUCGCAGCCCUCCACACCGCCGCCGCAGCCCUCACCCUCGUUCCAGCCUCCCACUGGACCAUCGAAACCCACCGCUCCAACAUCGCCUCCUACGACGGCUCGGCCGCCGUCCUGCCCGCUCCCGCUUCCGCUUCUCCGGGAGAAACCGCACCCGAGAGCACAGAUGCAGACGCGGAAAAGUCCCGCGUAAACGCAGACAAGGCCUUCAAGAAGGAGUUGUACCAUUACCUGCGCUGGGCUUUGUCGGCCGGUGCCCCGGGCCCCGGAAUCCCCGAGACAAUGGAGAUCCUUGGCCGCGCGGAAUCGCUUCGCAGGCUUCAAGAGGCACGGGAGCUCACGGCUGAGGUGUCGCCUGUCCGCACGCCAAAGAGAGCUCAGUCGCAGCAGGGUGAGGAUACAACCUGGAUGGGCUCUCUUGCUCCGCGGUCCUAG